AUGGCCUGGAUGGCCGAGACCACAGUUCAAGACCAGGCGGCGGCGGCCUCUGAGUCGCGCCUCAGUCUACCGAACCGUCGCCGAGUCGCGGGCAGCGGGAGCGUGGGAGCAUCGGGCAGAGCGACUCCACAGUUUGCGAACUUUCCAGCGCUCGCUCUCCUCUCCCAGCCGCCGCGCGCCCCGCGCCCCGCGCCCCGCGCCCCGCCCGCUGCAGAGCGGGGUGUGACCGAGCGGGCUGCGCGGCUCCGGGCGAGCGAAAGUGACCCCGCGCGGCGGCGGCGGCGGCGGCCGGAGCUCGCGGAGGACCGGCGGCGAGGGCGGCGGAUCGUCGUCCUCCGGCCGCCCAGCUUCCCGGCUCCGCUCGGGCCCGGGCAGCCGCCCGCGGGCCGGGAGCGCCGUCUCCGUCUCGGGCCGACGCCGACGCCGUGGCGGGCUGAGGUUCGGGCGGGCGCCCGGGGACGCGGGGCUGUGCGCGGUGGCGGCCGUGGCGGCGGCGGCGGCGGGAGCGGCGAGUCGCGGCCGCUCGGGCUGCGCUUCCCCCGGGCGGCGGCGGCGGCGGUGGCGCCCGUGGCUCCGGAUGCGGCCCGGGGGCGCGCUGCUCGCCCUGCCCGCCAGCCUGCUGCUGCUGCUGCCGCUGCUGCUGCUGCGCCUGCUCCGCUGCCCGCCCGCCGCGCCCGCGCGAGCCAGGUAACCCGCCGCCCUCCCCGGCCCCCCGAGCACCCCCGGGUCCCUGAGCACCCCCGGGACCCCCGAGCGCUCCGGGUCCCCCGAGCACCCCCGCCCCCCUCCCCGGCCCUCCGAGUGCCCGGUCCCCCGAGCGCCCCGCCCCCCUCCCCGGCCCUCCCAGUGCCCGGCCCCCCGAACGCCCCCGCCUCCCUCUUCGGCCCCCCGAGCUCCCCGGGCCCCCGCGCGCCCCCGCCCCGCUCCCCGGCCCCCCCGAGCACCCUCGGGCCCCUGAGCACCCCCGCCCCCCCCCGAGCUCCCCUGGCCCUCGAGGGUCCCGUCCCCCGAGCGCUCGCGGCGGGUGGGGGCGGCGGUCAGAGGGGUUCGCGCGGCCGCGACACUUGGCUCGGUGUCGACGCACGAGAUGGAGAGGAACCCGUCGGGGUCAGCAGGGCUCCCCAGAAAGUCCCUGUUGGGCGGGGGCGGGGCGGGGGCAGUGGACGGGCAGGACCUGCCGUCGGGGUCCCUCUCCGCGUAUCCCGGCUCCCCACUGCGCUCAGUGCUUUCCCUCCCUCCCGGGCCAAGGCUUUAACAAGUGCGAGACUCUUGGCGGAGGAAGGCGGGGAGGACGUCCGCGGCUCCUCCGCAGCUCCGAGGACGCUCAGGAGCCCCGCGACCCUGGCACCGGUCACCAGGAACAGCACAUAUCUGAAUGGGACAUCAUUCCAACUGACAGAGAAAUGCAAAAGGUUACAAUAUGGCUUUAAGUCAUUAUCUGACAAACCAAAACGAUAUUCAGAAAAUGACUACCUUCAGAUUAUCACCACGAUACAGAGCUGUCCAUGGAAACGACAAGUGGAAGAAUAUGAGAAUUUUAGAGCAAAACUGGCUUCCUGUUGUAAUGCGGUUCAAAACUUCGUGAUUUCUCAAAAUAACACUCCAAUUGGAACUAACAUGACUUAUGAAGUGGAAAGUAAAAAACAGAUCCCCAUCAGCGAGAACAUUUUCCAUAUGUUUCCAGUGUCUCAGCCUUUUGUGGACUACCCUUAUAACCAGUGUGCAGUGGUUGGAAAUGGGGGAAUUCUGAACAAGUCCCUUUGUGGAGCUGAAAUUGAUAAAUCUGACUUCGUUUUUAGAUGUAACCUCCCUCCAACCACAGGAAAUGUUAGUAAAGAUGUCGGCAGCAAAACAAACCUUGUGACUGUAAACCCUAGUAUUAUAACACUGAAAUAUGGGAACUUAAAGGAGAAGAAAACAGUGUUUGUGGAGGACAUUGAAACCUAUGGCGAUGCAUUCCUUCUUCUGCCAGCAUUUUCCUUCAGGGCCAACACUGGCAUCUCUUUUAAGGUGUACUACACACUCAAAGAGUCAAAAGCAAGGCAAAAGGUUCUUUUUUUCCAUCCCAAGUACCUGAAACAUCUGGCCCUUUUCUGGAGAACUAAAGGGGUCACUGCAUACCGCUUGUCCACUGGCUUAAUGAUCACCAGCAUCGCGGUGGAGCUGUGUGAAAACGUGAAGCUCUAUGGAUUUUGGCCUUUCUCUAAAACGGUGGAAGACACGCCUGUCAGCCAUCACUACUAUGACAACAGGUUACCUAAGCGUGGAUUCCAUCAGAUGCCCAAAGAAUAUAGCCAAAUCCUCCAGCUUCAUGUGAAAGGAAUUCUCAAACUACAGUUUAGCAAAUGUGAAAUAGAUUCUUAAAUUCUUAAGUGAGAAUAAUUUUAAUAUAGUAUAGUAGAUGAGUAAUGAUGGUUCUAACUGUUAAAGGAGAUGGGUAUAGAGCAUUGUGGAAAUAGAGUGUCAUAUAGGAGAGCUUCAGAAGUUACUUAGACCAAAAAUCCACACUAACUGUAAUUUCUACAAGUCACUCAGACACUCCAACCUUCAAUCACUUUUCCUGAAAGAGGAUCAUGGCAUCAGAAACAUACAAGUCAAAUGAGAUUAUUUGUUACAAAAUAGUUAUAGACUUUAGAGGGAGGUAAGGACUCAUUGAAAUUUCCUUGUUUAUACUUAAUGCAGCCAUUUCCACUCUCACCAGAUGACAGUAAAAGGCACAAUGUCCUGAGGACCAUUUCUGAAGAGAAUAGCUGAACCACCACUAUUCAUUGGCAUUCUCACCCACAGAUUCUUUAUUAAUAAUAUCCCUCACAUUGUUUUUCCUCUCUCAAGAGUACACAGAAGAAAAUUGUCAAACAAGAAGUUCUUGAUUCUUCAGAAAUGAAAUUCUUCUUCUCACAUUCCAGUGAGCUUGCUUCUGAUUAAAUUAGCUCGAUUUGGGGCAUUUCUUACUUUUAUCUACAUUUGAAUCAUUUUUAUCACUUGAUAUUAAUUUCCUGCUUCAAGGUCGUACUUUUUCCCCUCUCAUUGGUAGCAUCUUCAAGAACAUGAAUAGUUUGCAAUAUCCAGUGUCUCUUACCUAAUGUCUUGUCUAUAGGGUCUCACUCAAUUUAUAUUUUUUAAACUGUUAAAUAGCUAUUAUUUCAUGCCAGGUUGUAGACCAGGAUCUGUGGGAAAAUGUAAAGAUGACUACAUCUGGGAGGAAGAAGCAGGUGUGCACGUCACUGAUUGGUAUGGUAUAAUGAGUGACAUAAUGACAAGCUAUGAGUAUCGUGUUGGAAGGAUCAGAGACAGGAAUAAUUAAUCUAUUUUAGUGGGAUAUAUUUUUAAUAUGCCUAUUUCAUAGGAGAGGUAAUUAAAACUAGAAAACAAAUAGGUUUUAUCAAAUAAAGAAGAUUGUCAGUAGGGGAAAGAUAGCAUGCAAAGCUGUUCUCUUGAUUCUAAUUCAUCAAAAUAGGUAUAUUGGAUUCAAAUUCAUCAAAAUAAGUAUCUUGGAAAGUAGUCAUGGGAUUUGUCCUAAAAUUGCCAAAUGUUGAGAGAAAAUAGGGAUGGCUGCUUAUGCUUUCAUCUGUAAAAUGGGAGCAAUGCUUACAGCUACUGAAAGGUUUUUUUUAAUUUGAAUAAACAACCAUAUGUAUACAUCCCUUCUAAUCCCAGUACUUGUGUGAAAAGGCUGGAAUAGGAGAUCAGGGAAACAUGCCAAGAUAAUUACACAUAUUGCUUUUUAACUGAGCCAAGUUAUUGUUUGACAAAUGCCCUCUGUAACACUGCUGUAAUUAUUUACUUUCAGGUAGGACAUCUUUACUUUGUAGGUGACAUUUGUGAUGCUGUUUUGAGUUUAUAUUUUCAUUUGCACUUUCAACAAAUCAAACUUACUAGCCUUAUAAAUUGAUAAA